UGAAUAGAAAUUAAAGGGUAUAAAAGGCGAGCAGUAGACAUAUACUUUUCAUUCAGUUUUUGUUAAGUCUCAUUUGCUCUUGAUGUGCUUUUCUUAUUUUUCUGAUAAAUUAAAAUAAAUCUUUUAAACGUUUUUAACUUUUUAACGAAGUACAGCUCCAGUUUUAUAUAAAAUAUUAUUUUAAAAAUAUAUUUAAUAAUUCUUAUUAAAAAAGAAUAAAAAAUAAUGGAGAGUAAACUAAAAAAAGUGAAUAGAGCAGCUAGUUUUCUGCCAAUCAAAAAACUAAAAGAUUUAAUAGUAGAUGAAUUUUAUAAUGUUACAGAUUUAAAAAACAUUGAUACAAAAUAUGGACCUAAAAUUGUCGCUGAAAUAGAUAAUUCAUAUGUAAUUUUUUUACCACAACGAAUGUUCAAAGUGUUUGAAAGUGAUCAAGAUUCAUUUACUGAACUGAGAAAAGCAGCAGAAAAAGGAGAAUUGCAAUUGAAGUUUAAAGGUGGAAAUUAUAAUUUUUUUGAAUUUGUUUCAAAAAUAGACUAAAAAAAAAAAAAAAAAAAAAAAAAAAAAAAAAAAAAAAAAAAAAAAAAAAAAAAAAAAAAAAAAAAAAACAUCAGUUACUACUUUCUACAAUUUAUAAUUUAAAUUCUUCUUUCACAAAACAAAUAAUUAUCGGUGCUGAAUUAAAAAAUAAUUUAUCUAUAAAAGUAAAGCUAACAAGCAGCCAUCCACAAACAUCAAUCUCUUUUUCAGAAGAAGAGUGGGAAUAUUUUAACAGUUAUUUCUUCGAAAUUAAUGAAUUUUUUAAUAAUAAAGUGGAACCUCAUGAAGCAAACUGUGGUGUAUUUAGUUUGAAAUUUGUUACUUAUUUAAAUAAUCGAUUUGUUUAUGUGAAAAGAACAAAUGAACAAGAAGUAGUUUGGUCUAAUUCAUUUUCAUUUCAAUUUGAAACAUUUCUUGUUUUAAAACAACUUAAUCUUUGUAUAAAACAAAGAAUAAAAGCACUACAAUUUCUACCAUUACAAUAUAUAAAGUCGAGCAUUAUUAAAACAAUUGCAGAAGUUAUUUGUCAACGAUUGGAUUUACAAAAUUUAAAAACCCUGGAAAAAAUAAUUCACAAAAACUCUUUAAAAUUAUUAGAAAGAAUAUUAUUAAAGAAUAAUUUUCAAAUUUCUAUAAUUAUUGAAAUACUUUUUUGUGAAAUCAUUACCUUUCACUUGAAGAAAAUUUGUGUAGAAGUUUUAAUUUAUAUACAAAAUUUUAACAUAAAUUCAAUGUAAUUUGAAGAGGAAAAAAAAUGGAAGAAAUUCAUCGUAAAAAAUUGGAUCAAUUGUGUGAGGAACUUAUUUUGUACAUUGAUAUGAAUAUUCUUUGGCCUCUAUUAUUAAAAAAUAAAAUAUACAAUAGAGAUGAUUGCAACAUUCCAAUUUGGAAAAAAAAUUUAAAUGAUUUGGAUACUGUUAGAGAUAUUUUUUUAACAAUUAAAACACGAGGUCCUGACGCUUAUAAAAAUCUUCUAAAAAGCUUGAGAGAAGCAGAAUAUGAUGUUUUAGCUAUAGUAUUGGAAAAUUAUCAAAUAAUCGAAGAUAACAUCAAUAAGUAGCUGGUGAUGAUUGGACCGAGGAACAACAAAGAAGAAUUAAGUUAUAUUAUUAUUUUUUAUGAUAAAUUAAUAUUUUAUUUAUGUUAGUUUAUAUUAAAAAAAAUUAAUAACUAUGUUAAUUAUAAUUAAUAUUUAAUGUGAA